GGGACACUCCCUCCCCCCGGGCGGAGGGUGCCCCCGGCGGCCCCGCGGGGAGGGGCUGUCCCGGCCCCGGCGCUGCAGCAGGAGGCGGGGAGCUGGUUCCAGGGCACCAGCAGGGGCACUCGGGCUGGCUCCGGGGGGAUGCGCCUGCCGUGGGACCGCCCCGGGACCCGCAGCCCCAUGGGGGGCCCGGCACCGCAGCGCAGCGUCCCAGCAGCCGCGGCCACCGCGCUCCUGCUCCUCCCGUUAGUUCUGCACUGUGAAUCCUCUGUGAGCCUGCCCUUGUCUGUUCUGCUGGAAAGGUAUUGUGAAGCGUUGUCAGCUCACUACAAUGUCACAGGUCCAUAUUGCAAUGCCACCAUCGAUCAGAUAGGGACCUGCUGGCCCCGGGCCACUGCUGGGGAACUGGUGGAGAGACCCUGCCCGGAGUUUCUCAACGGGAUCAAGUACAACACCACCCGAAACGCCUACAGAGAAUGCCUGGGAAACGGGACAUGGGCUUCCAAGGCCAACUACUCUCAGUGCGAACCUAUUUUGGAUGAGAAGAGGAAGUAUGCACUCCAUUACAAGAUUGCUCUCUUCAUAAACUACCUGGGGCACUGUAUAUCUAUAGGAGCGCUUAUUGUUGCCUUUAUGCUUUUCUUGUGCUUGAGGAGCAUCAGAUGCCUGCGAAAUAUUAUCCACUGGAACCUGAUCACCACAUUCAUUCUGCGGAAUGUGAUGUGGUUCCUGCUUCAGAUGAUUGAUCAUACCAUACAUGAAAGAAAUGAGCUCUGGUGUCGGUGUAUUACAACAAUCUACAAUUAUUUUAUGGUGACCAACUUCUUCUGGAUGUUUGUGGAAGGCUGCUAUCUACACACUGCGAUAGUGAUGACUUACUCCACAGAUAAGCUGAGGAAAUGGGUCUUCCUCUUCAUAGGAUGGUGUAUUCCUUGUCCAAUCAUUGUUGCCUGGGCCAUUGGCAAGCUCUAUUAUGACAAUGAACAAUGCUGGUUUGGAAAGGAACCAGGGAAAUACAUAGACUACAUAUAUCAAGGCCCAGUGAUUCUCGUUCUUCUGAUAAAUUUUGUAUUUCUAUUUAACAUCGUUAGGAUUUUAAUGACAAAACUGAGAGCUUCAACCACUUCAGAAACAAUACAAUACAGGAAGGCAGUAAAGGCUACGUUAGUCCUUCUGCCUCUUCUGGGUAUUACCUACAUGCUUUUCUUUGUCAACCCCGGCGAAGACGACAUUUCCCAGAUAGUCUUCAUCUACUUCAAUUCCUUCUUGCAGUCUUUUCAGGGUUUCUUUGUGUCGGUAUUUUACUGCUUCUUGAAUGGCGAGGGUACUGAUGAAGUACUGACUGUCUGUAGCAAUUCUCAAGCAAUAUGGACUGGAGAUGAAAAUGAUUGAAGUCCCUGACUUGGUGACAAUCUGUCAUCUGUGAAACUUGCCCGCUGAUAGGGGAUUUAUCAGGCAAAAUGUGUUAUGUGUUUGAAUACAAAGCUGGAUGCUGAAGUGGAUAUGGUGGUGUCCGUUGGUCUCUUUCAUGUCUAGAUCAUUGGCUCUUAGACUCUUCACCUGAAAACAUUUCAUCCCAAGUUUAAUCAUUCCUAAAUCUUGUCUGCUUUACAAGUACUGAAUAUUGCUUUGCUCCUGUAGUACUCUCCAGAGUGCCUGCAGACAGAUGCUCCUUCCUCACCAGUAGUACUUUAUGCAAUUACUUGUAUUAUCCAUCUCUCUCCCUGCUGUAGGCUUUCCUGGUAAUUUUCACAGCUCUUCUAGCUGUUUCUUCAUUCCCCAGACACCCCUGGAAAGAUCAUAGAGAAAAGGCUCAGAGAAUCCAGUCUCUCUACUCCAUCCUUUCAAACAUCAGCUGCAACAUUUCCAAACUCAGAGAGUGUUUGGGAUUUUUCUGAGAUGAGGUUUCAGAGUAGUAGCCGUGUUAGUCUGUAUCUGCAAAAAGAACAGGAGUACUUGUGGCACCUUAGAGACUAACACAUUUAUUUGAGCAUAGGCUUUCGUGGGCUACAGCCCACUUCAUCGGAUGCAUAGUGUGUUUCAUUCUAUGCAUCUGAUGAAGUGGGCUGUAGCCCACGAUAGCUUAAGAUGAGGGUCUUUUUGUGCCUGUUUUAAGGAUGGUCUCACUGCUUUCAAAGAAAGCUGCAUCUUUGAGUGCCUUAUUCAUCUGGGGACAAGUUCUGCCUUUGUUACUCUGGAGUCAAUCUGGAGUAACACUGUUGACUGCAGUAGAAUUACUGCAGAUUUACAUUCGUGUCAUCAAAGGGUGGAUUGGGGCCUAUAUUCCUCAGAGCUGAGCCUUUCUGGGCUUUGUGGCAAUCUUCUGCCCAGAUAAUCCUGGGCAUAGUUUAGCAAAGGUUUGCUAGAAAAGGAAGUUUAAGUGAUGCUUAUUUUUGCUCAUCUCUUCUCUCCAAACUCAUUCUUUGUUCAAAUUUAAUUUUAAAAAGCCAAUUAAAAUGACAUUUCAAUUCAGCCUUCUGUUCAUUUUGCUAUAUUAAUCGAUGUUAAACUUAAAAGGCAUAAUGUUGGGGAACUAUGGAUACUAAUAUCUCUCUCCCUCUGUCUGCCUUGUCUGUUUAAACCAUCAGCCUUUUGGGGUAGCAUCUGUUUCUUACUCUGUAUCUGUACAGCACUUAACACUCUGACACUACUCUAUCACAAACUAUAAGAAUAACAAGUGGAUCAACCAUAAAUCCUAAUGGGAAACAAAAAGUACAGUGCAGCUUUUGGUGAUCCAUAUGGCCGCUUCUUGAGGCCAUGAGGUUUUCUUGUGCACCUUGCUCAGUACAGGUUGCCUCUUAGGAGCUUUCUGGGACUGAGUGAUCCAGUACCUUGUGCCCCCUCCUGCCUCUGACCAGAGGCCAGAAGUGAAUUUCCCUUGCCCCCAAGGAGACCUGCCGGGGUUGCCCAAAUAACAGCCAGAAUCCAAAAGCUUCUUAAGAAAAGCAAGUUCUGUUGUAAGUUAUAAGAGCAAAGGCAAGUGGCAUCUCUAGCCUAAGGCCCGGAUAACAGCCUUCGCCAGGCAGGCUAAAAUCUUGUAGUUAUAGUUCGAUUAAGCAACUAUGUCCUUAUGUCUUAGAGUUUAGUGUCUCCUGGGCAGUAACUUAGAGCAUCACAAAUAGGACUUGUCUUUAUUGCCACUUCUUCCUUGAGAAAGCUCCCUAACUCCGCCCUCCUUCUGACAUGCCACAUCUGCCAGAUCAGAGGUGGGCAACCUAUGGCUCCGGAGUUGCAUGCGGCUCUUCAGAUGUUAAUAUGCGGCUCCUUAUAGACAC